UUUAGCCGAAGCUCACCUGCCCCGGUACACGGUGAAAGCCGGAGUCCACGUUCAUCGGACACAAGCACCGUUUCCCCACAGCGCGAGUGUAUCUCGAUACACGUGGGCCAAGCUGGCGUGCAGAUCGGCAAUGCCUGCUGGGAGCUGUACUGCCUGGAGCAUGGCAUCCAGCCGGACGGCCAGAUGCCCGGCGAUCAGGUCUUCGGCGGCGACGCUUCCUCCAACACCUUCUUCAGCGAGACCGGGUCGGGGAAGCACGUCCCCAGGGCGGUUUUUGUGGACCUCGAGCCCACCGUCAUCGACGAGGUGCGCACCGGAACCUAUCGCAAACUCUUCCAUCCGAAUCAGCUGAUCACAGGUAAGGAGGAUGCGGCCAACAACUACGCCCGCGGGCACUACACCAUCGGCAAAGAGAUCAUCGACCUGGUCGCUGACAGGAUACGCAAACUGGCCGACUUGUGUUCCGGCCUGCAGGGUUUCCUGGUGUUCCACAGCUUCGGCGGCGGCACCGGCUCGGGUUUCACCUCGCUGCUGAUGGAGCGACUUUCCGUGGACUACGGCAAGAAAUCCAAGUUGGAGUUCUCCAUCUACCCGGCGCCCCGGGUGUCCACCGCCGUGGUGGAGCCCUACAACGCCAUCCUGACCACGCACACCACGCUGGAGCACUCGGACUGCGCCUUCAUGGUGGACAACGAGGCCAUCUACGACAUCUGCCACCGGAACCUGGACAUUGAGCGUCCCACGUACACCAACCUGAACCGGCUGAUCAGCCAGAUCGUGUCGUCCAUCACCGCCUCCUUGCGUUUUGACGGCGCCUUGAACGUGGACCUGACCGAGUUCCAAACCAACCUGGUGCCUUACCCGCGCAUCCACUUCCCGCUGGCCACCUACGCCCCGGUGAUCUCGGCCGAGAAGGCCUACCACGAGCAGCUGUCCGUGUCCGAGAUCACCAACUCGUGCUUCGAUCCCGCCAACCAGAUGGUGAAGUGCGACCCGCGCCACGGUAAGUACAUGGCCUGCUGCCUGCUGUACCGCGGCGACGUGGUGCCCAAGGACGUCAACGCCGCCAUCAACUCCAUCAAGAACAAGCGCACCAUCCAUUUCGUGGACUGGUGCCCCACCGGCUUCAAGGUGGGCAUCAACUACCAGCCGCCCACCGCCGUGCCCGGAGGCGACCUGGCUAAAGUGCAGCGGGCCGUGUGCAUGCUCAGCAACACCACCGCCAUCGCGGAGGCCUGGGCCCGCCUGGACCACAAGUUCGACCUAAUGUACGCCAAGCGCGCCUUCGUGCACUGGUACGUGGGCGAGGGCAUGGAGGAGGGCGAGUUCACCGAGGCCCGCGAGGACAUGGCGGCCCUGGAGAAGGACUACGAGGAGGUCGGCGCCGACACGGUGGACGACGCCCCCGAAGACGGCGAAUAUUUUUAAAAAAAAAAAAGGAAAGCUUGGAUUGCUUGCUGUGAAACGGCAAAAGUGGAUCAGGACUAAAGGGGGCGGAUCUUCCGCCAAAUGUCCCUGAUCGAUUCAAUGGGAAGAUUAGGGAUCGAUUAAUAUAUGAAUUGAUGUUUUUGUAUAUAUAAAUUGAUCCGAAUAAUGCUGCUUGGUUUGGAAGAUUAAAAAAUGGUGGUUGACGUGUACUAUUGGGAACUCAAAAUCAGUUGCUUUCAUGGCCUUAAUUGGAAGAAACUAUUCCUGUCAUAAACUGAUUUCGUUCAAAAUCAGUAGCUUUAAAAUUAGUAGGAAUAUUUAUUUUUUUGUUUUGUUUAAUAGAAACUGUUUAGGUGCGAUAUUUACAAUUUCAAGAAAGAUCAUUUUUACAAUGACUGGAAUUUUUAAAUUUGUAAAAAAAAAAUAAUUAUUAUUGG